AUGCCUAGGCUCAAGAGCAAUGGGUACUACAAUGUUUCUUGGAAGGUGCUUGACUCUCGUCAGAUAGGAGGCCUCCCGCAACGUCGGCAGCGUCUUUGGAUCAUCGGCGUGAGGAAGGAUGUUGGCAAGUUCAAAUGGCCUAAGCCGCUUCGUGGAUGGCGGGACAUCAAGCUAUCAAACUUUUUGGGAAGGAAAAACUUGGAUUAUGAGUUCCCGACAUCAAGAAGCGGCAAGAAGCGUUUGGUGGCUGGUAUUGAAACAUUGGUUCAAGAUGGUCAUUCUUUGGAUGACACGUGGGUCAUUGAUACUGGUGCUAGUGAACAGUUUUCUGGCCAUCCCGCUCAUGAACUGUGCCCAUGCCUUACUCGAACGCGUGGUGGAUGCCCAUCAUUUUGGAUCACCAGUCACAAGCGAUUCUUGAAUCUACGGGAGAAAGCAAUUGUCAUGGGCUGGGAUCCAUCUACUUUGAUGCCUGAGAGCCUUUCAAGCUGUGAACUGGGACAAGCGUUAGGAAAUGCAUGGCCCCUGACUGUUAGCGCGAGGCUUGUUGGACAAUUGAAACGCCUGUUCAAAUGGAACUAG